CCCUUAGUGAUGCAUUCCCACCAUUCUGGCCAUAGUUAUCGUGGCGGUCGUUACUUCGACGAGCGUGAGAGGCGUGAGAGGCACCGCGACGCCGACAAAGACCUGCAGCGCGGCAGUUGGCGGCACAGCAGGCGUGACGGCGACUACCAGGAGGGGCCGCAGAGGAUACACAACCCCUCACAGAGAGGUCAGGUGCCUGCCAACACAACACAAGGGAGGGUGCUGUGCCAGAGCAGACCCUGUGUGGAUUGGAUGUGUGUGUUGCCGUGACGUCCGUGUCUGUCAUCAGUUGAGACAGAUCCCGCCCGUCUGAAGGCGCGGCGGCGGCAGAUAGAGAUCGGCAAGAACACCAAUGGGUACGAGAGGUACCGUGCGGCGGUGCCCAAGGACAAGAGGGACCCCACCAAGUCCUUCUCCGUACACCCCGUCACACCAUCCAUCCACGAGGUGAGCUGGGCAGGGCAGUGUGUGACUGACACGCAGACAGGAAGGGCCUCGUUUCCACAGACACCACGGCUACUCUCUGUGUGUGUGUGUGUAUGUGUGUGGAGGAGGCGAGCAAGCGUGGGUUUGAUGGCCGCAUUCGCGCUUGGAGGCGGCUGCUGCACCAGUGGGAUGACGUAAGCAAGCAAUCAUGACCAACCAAGCAACCACACACACACAAUGAGACCUUGGCCAUCCGCCUCUCUGUCUAACUGUCUGUGUGUGCGUCAGGACGCCAAGCCUUUCCCCAGUGGGUCGCCCAAGGACUCCAACCGCCCCUCUCCCGCACCCUCCCCCUCCCCACCCCCCACACCCACACCACCAGAAGCCCACCAGCAGCAGCAGCCAGCGAUGGACGACCAGCGGUCUCGGCCCGCUGCUGCAGACAGGGGCGGCAAGGCUGGUGUGGAUAGCUUCGACUUUGAGAGGGGGUGCCGAUCGCUGAGGGAGGCCAUUGGGGAGGCCUGGAAGAGUCGGAACUCGUUGACAGAGGUCGACUACCCGCUGCCAAUGAUAACGGUAACAGCUAAACCAGACGGACAGACACUCACGCAGCCACUAUCUCUCUCUCUCUCUCUCAGCAAGUGGAGGGCUCGCCGUCUACCAGUGAGAUGCUGGUGCUGCCGCCCCCCGCGUGUGAGUCGUCUGUGCCCAUCCGGUGGGUGGCUGACAUCCCGGUGCAGCCUGUUGUGUUCAUCCCGGUGGAGUAUCGAGACUCGAGCGGCAAAUCAUUCCUCACCACGUACGUAUGUGCGUAUGUUCCUCUGAACCACACACACACACACACACACAGUGUUUUGCUUUGCUCCAUUGAUGUCUGUGGGUGUGUGGGGUGUGUGUUCAGUAAGCGUCACGUGAAGGUGACGGACUUCCAGAAAGCUCUGCAGGACCACAAGCAGACCAUAGGUGCCCUGCACGCCCACCACUCAACACACACACGUGUGUAUCUUCCCUCCCUCUCUCUCUCCCUCGCCAUGCUAUGCCAUUCCAUGCAGAUCGCUUCCACGAUCUGAUGGAAGGCCCCUCCCUCCUCAACGGCUACAAACGACUAUCACAGCACACCCCCACCCCUGACGACCGCUUCACGGCCAGCAAGCGGCGCAAGCUGGAGAGUGACGAGAAGCAGCGGCUCAAGGAGGAGCAGGAGGCAGCCGCACUGCCCACCACUCUGACAGUGUAUGUGAGCGAUGGGCUUGGGGGUGGUGGUGGUGGUGGUGGGCGUGACGGAGGGGGGCUGACGCUCGUCAGUGCGACGAGGGGGAAGGAGGGGAAGAAACAGCUGAGGCGGAAGCGCUUCUGAGAGUUUGUCUGGUCUUCCUGUCUGGAAGAGUCUGACGUUGAUGUGGUGUGUUCUCUUUCGUCUUGCCACCCAUCUGCAUCUGCUCCAGUCAACGUGUACACACCGCACGUUGGCUGGCCCUGGUGGAGAUGGCGAGCAAGACGGGAGAGAACACACCAACGGUCCGUCCGUGGCACGCAUUCAUGAUGGAUGGAACAAACAAACAAAUGCUGUCCGAACCAAACACUGUCUGGGAGGGUGGGGGUGGGGGGAUGGAAAGUGCUGUGUAUGUGAGUGAGUGUCUUUGUCUGAUGUGGUGUGUUCUCUUUCGUCUUCGGUCCGUCCUCGCUCAGCUCCAGGCAACACGCGUACACUGCAUGUUGGCUGGCACUGAUGGGGGAGGGACUAAGGACGAGAGAGGGCGCACCAAAGGGUGGCACCUGCU